UGGUUCCUGGAGGAGCGCGUCGGGGCCGUUUUCGUACUCGUCGGCUCCGGUCGGUUUCGGUUUUCGAUUGUGCUGCCGCUGUGGACGGUCUUGGUUCCGCCUGGGUGCCGGAGGGGGCCGGAGGGGGCGAGUUGUCCUCUUCCUCUUCCUGCACCCCCCCGCCUGGAGGGCGGCAUGGCAGUGGUUUCGGGCGUGGGGGCGAGCGCCCUUCUGCCGGUCGGCAGCUGGCCUUCGGAGACGAUCCUCCAGGGCUGGUGCAAAUUUGAUGCCCGCCAGGAGAGCGAGUCCGGCGAUGGCGGCGACUCGACAGUGGAGGAGAACGACUUCCUCGUCGACACCGAGGACGCCGAGGACGCCUCCAUGGAGGACGUCGAGAGCUCCAGCGACAACGAGGUGGGGGCCAUCGACGUCGAGUAGUCAUUGGUGGCGGCGGUGUCGUCAGGCGGUUCGACCAGUCCGCGAUCGUGGGGGAGCAGAGGCGGAGCGGCCUCAGUCCGCGGUGGCGGUG